UUUAGGUAUUUAUGGUCAUCCUUCACAUGAAGUUUCCAAGUACACCUUAGAUAUUAUUCAAAAGCAAGUACCAGGAGAAGAAUUUAAACUGAAUUUGUUUGAAUUAGAUGAAGAAAAUGAAACUUUAGUUAUAAAUGAAGAAUAUGAUGAAAAUAUUGAUAAAGAAGAGCAAGUAAUUGAUAUUUUUGGAAUACCUCUUCAAUUAGUUUGGAAUUUAAUGAGUAUAAUCAUAGAAGUACUUUUUUUAUAAAAUAUUUAUAUAAUGCUGCCUUAUGAAAAUCAAAUGUUUCUGGAUAUAUUGCAUGAAGAUGGUCUAGUAAUAUGUGCUAAAGGUCUUGGUUUAGAAACAGUAAUAUUAAAUAUAAUUAAAGUCUAUUGCGAUCCUGGAAAUUUGGUGUUAGUUCUUGGAUCUUCUGCUCCCGAAGAAAAUUAUUGGAUUGAUCAACUAAAAAAAGAUGGUAUUAAGCCACUGCCUAAAGUAUUAUCUGCUGAUACUUCAAUUAGUGAAAGGGAAAAAAUUUAUUUACAAGGAGGAGUAUUGUUUGUAUCAUCUAGAAUAGUCGUUGUUGAUCUUCUAAAACAUAGAAUUCCAACUCCUCAAAUUACAGGAUUUUUAGUUUGUCGAGCUCAUAAUAUUUUAGAGUCAUGUCAAGAGUCGUUUGCUCUUAGAUUAUACCGAAUGGAAAACAAGACUGGAUUUAUUAAAGCAUUUUCAAUUUCAUCUCAGUCAUUUACUUAUGGUUUUACUCGUAUUGAACGUAUAAUGAAAACAUUAUUUGUUAAUAAAUUAUACCUUUGGCCCAGAUUUCAUCUUGCUGUUAAGUCUAGUUUAGAUAAAGUAAAGCCAGAAGUUAUUGAGCUACAUGUAGAGUUAACUCCUAAAAUGAUUGAUAUUCAAACAUCUCUUCUUGAUCUUAUUAAUUUUUCAAUUAAAGAAUUGAAAAGGCUCAAUCCUUCAUUGGAUACAGAAGAACUUACAGUAGAAAAUUGCUUGUCUAAGUGUUUUAAUAAAAUAUUACAAAUGCAAUUAAAUCCUAUUUGGCAUAGGUUGAGUAUUAGUACUAGACAAUUAGUAUCUGAUCUUAAAGUUUUACGUACAUUGAUGUUAUCUGUGACUUCAUUAGAUAGUGUACAUUUUCAAUCAAAGCUAUCAAGUUAUUCCAGCUCAGAUUAUGCUCAUCGAAGUUCAGGAUGGUUAUUACUUGAUGCUGCUGAAACUUUAUUUGUAUCAGCUAAACAGCGACUAUAUAAUUCGAAGAAAGAUGUCUGUCCUGAACCAAAUCCAAAGUGGGGUGGUUUAACUGAAAUAUUAAAAGAAAUUGGCCAAAGUAAUAAUGGUGAAAUUGUACUAAUUCUUGUACAAUCUCUUGAUACAUGUCGUCAAUUAAAAAAACUUCUUGUUGAAGGAGCAGAUAAAUUGUUAAUGCAGUUGUAUAAAAGACUUAUAAAAGAUAAUAAUUCAUCUACAAUGGCUAAACAUAAAGCUACAGAUAAGGAUGAUACAAUUAUAGAGGAUAUCGAAGAAAAUCAUGAAGAUAUAAAUGAAGAAAUUUAUGAAGCUGAAAACUUUACUUUAACUCAGCAAAAAAACCAUGAAAAUUUUACAUUUACUGAGUGUCUUCAAGGUUCUCAUAAUGAAACCACUAAAGAACCGAUAAUCAUACUUCAACAGUAUAAAAAAGAUGGAGAUUUUCUAUCGCUUCCACGUACAUUAAAAGAGUUAAAACCAAAAUUUAUUGUCAUGUAUGAUGUUAACAUGACAGCAGUUAGACAGAUUGAAGUGUUCCAAAAUUCAGAUGCAACAUACAAACUUAUAGUUUACUUUUUAAUAUAUGCUGGAUCUACUGAAGAACAAUCCUACCUUACAACUCUUAGAAGAGAAAAGCUACUUUUUGAUUAUUUAAUUAAAGAAAAAUCUGUUAUGGUUGUACAUAAAGGUCAAGAUGGCAAAGAUGAAGACUGUCUUGAACUAAAUCGAGAUUUAGGUGUUCAUCCUUCUGACCUUUUGGAAAAUGAAGAUAAAUCUUUUAAGCCUAGAGAAAAUAAUGAGCAGAAUGUGACACCUUUAGUUAUUGUUGAUAUGCGGGAAUUUAGAUCAGAUUUACCGGUUUUACUUCAUAGACGAGGCAUUGAUAUUGAUCCAGUCACAUUACAAGUUGGAGACUAUAUUUUAUCUCCAGAUAUGUGUGUAGAAAGAAAAAGUAUUGAUGAUUUGAUUGGAUCAUUAAAAUCUGGUAGGCUUUAUCACCAAGCUCUAAUGAUGUGUCGCCAUUAUACUAAGCCAAUACUACUUAUUGAGUUUGAUCAAAAUAAACCAUUUGAUUUACAGGGAAACUACUUUUUAAGUAAAGAUAUGACUACAAGCCAUCGAAAUGAUAUAACUUCAAAAUUACAGCUAUUAACUUUGCAUUUCCCUAAACUUCGUUUUGUAUGGUCUCCUAGUCCUUAUGCUACAGCUGAACUAUUUCAAGAACUUAAAGAAGGCAAAGCUCAACCAGUUUCAUUAAAAGCUGCUGUAAUUGGAUUAGAAGCUGGUCAAAAUUUUGAUGAAGAAAAAUAUAAUGCUGUGAUUAAAGAUUUCAUGAGUAAAUUACCUGGAAUCACUACACAAAAUAUUUGUAAUAUUUUAAACAAAGGAGUAUCAUUACCAUACAUGUUAAGUAUGUCAGUUGAAAAUUUAAAGACUUUAUGUGGUAAUUCAACAGAUGGUGAAAUAUUGUUCAAUACAUUGCAUGCUAAUCUAAAACCAUCUAAUGAACUCUCAAAUUCCAAAUCUAACAAUUUGAAAACAUUUCGUGCCAGGAAAAAGUUUAAACAUACAAAAUCCAAAUAAUCAUAUAUUAUUAACAAUUUUACCUAAUAAUGUGUUUUUCAAUAAUUAAAUAGAGAAUAAUUUUUCAGAAUAAAUGAGUAGUACAUUUUAAAAAAUA